GGUCGCUGCUGAGACUGAGCGGAGCCCGGCCGGCUGCGGCAUUGCGGAUCCCUUUGGAAGGCAGACCAGAUCAGUGCCACAUCUGACAGCCGUCGCGACCCUCACUCUCUCCCCCCCCCCCCCUCCAGAGACACCUUUACAUCCCCUCCCGACAGAAAGACCCUCACCUCUUGUCCUUGACUGAACAGCAGCAGCCGACGGUAAAAUGCCCAGAGAGUUAACGAGGAACCCGAUGCAGAAAAUAUGGAUGCCUUACAAAGACGAACGGCCCGCUGUACCAUCCCAAUUUUGUCGUUCCGUAAGAUCGCUCGUGUGGGGUUUCAGCCAGUGGACGAAGCUCUUCAAUGUUCCUGUUGUAUUGCCAGCCUCUGCCUUGCCUUUGUGCGAUGUUACACCCAACAGUUUCAUAAACUGAAGCAUGCAUUCCACAUCUCACCAACUCUCCCACUGUGAUUGUGAUGGUGGGACUACCAGCUCGGGGCAAGACCUACAUAGCUAAGAAGCUGACUCGAUACCUCAACUGGAUUGGAGCCCCAACUAAAGUCUUCAAUGUCGGUGAGUACCGUCGAGAGGCCGUUAAAUGGUAUCGAUCAUAUGACUUCUUUCGCCAUGACAAUGAAGAUGCUAUGAAAAUUCGGAAACAGUGUGCCUUAGCAGCCUUGAGGGAUGCAAAGUCCUAUCUUGCCGAGGAAGGUGGUCAAAUUGCAGUUUUUGACGCUACAAACACCACUAGGGAUAGGAGGGCGAUGAUCCUAAACUUUGCCGAAGAAAAUGGAUGGAAGGUGUUUUUUGUUGAGUCUGUCUGUGAUGAUCCCAGUGUAGUGGCUGCAAACAUCAUGGAUGUGAAAGUGUCUAGUCCGGAUUACUUGGACUGUAACAGGGCUGAUGCAAUGGAAGACUUCCUGAAGAGAAUCGAAUGCUACAAAGCAACAUAUCAGCCUUUGGACCCAGACAACUAUGAUAAGGAUCUCUCGUUCAUCAAGGUGAUUAAUGUGGGCAGGCGAUUCCUGGUAAACCGGGUCCUGGAUCACAUCCAGAGCAGGAUAGUCUAUUAUCUGAUGAACAUUCAUGUCCAUCCUCGUACAAUCUACUUGUGUCGUCAUGGGGAAAGUGAAUAUAACCUCAAAGGCAAGAUUGGUGGUGACUCUGGGCUAUCUUACAGAGGAAAGAAGUUUUCCACAGCAUUAAGAACGUUUUUGGAGGAGCAGAACCUAAAAGAUCUCAAGAUCUGGACCAGCCAGCUGAAACGGACCAUUCAGACGGCUGAGGUUUUUGGAGGCCAUUAUGAGCAGUGGAAGGCACUGAAUGAAAUAGAUGCUGGCGUAUGUGAGGAUCUGACCUACGAAGAAAUAAAGGAGCGAUACCCUGAAGAAUACUCCCUCCGUGAACAGGACAAAUAUUAUUACCGAUACCCGACGGGUGAGUCUUACCAGGACUUGGUACAGCGCCUGGAACCAGUUAUUAUGGAACUGGAGAGACAGGGAGAUGUUUUAGUCAUCUGUCAUCAAGCUGUCAUGCGCUGCCUUCUCGCCUACUUCCUGGAUAAAAGUGCAGAUGAGCUGCCUUACCUCAAGUGUCCUCUUCACACUGUACUCAAGUUGACGCCGUUUGCUUACGGUUGCAAGGUUGAGUCUAUCUUUUUGAAUGUGGAGGCAGUAAACACACACAGGGAUCGCCCAGAGGACGUUGGUAAGAAGGGAACAAACCCACUCAUGCGGCGCAAUAGUGUUACUCCUCUGGCCAGCCCAGAGCCCAACAAAAAGCCGAGGAUUGAAGGCCUAGAGGACCCUGUGGCCUCAUCUUCCUCAGCCAUGCCCGUCUGUCUGGCUUCCGAAGGGUCCACACCCCUGCCUGGGCAAAAUGUAAGUGAGAUGCCAAGACCCUCAGAAGCUGUGGUGACACUCUCUGUCCAAGAAUGAAACACUUGCUUUUGGGAGGUUACAUAUUGCUCUGAAACCAUCCCCCUCUUGUCGAGAAACACUGGAUUCCUUGUUCUGGAUAUCAACUGUUUGGAUGCAUUGGAGAAGAUGGAUUAUGGAUUUAACCUGAGAACUUUGACCACUCUAACUCUAUGAAUGUCUUGCUACUGUAAUAAUGUGCAAGUGCUUCUACUGAACAAAACUUGUUCUUCUGGUUGUAAAUAGCUAGGACAUCUCGUUGGAGGGAUAUUGUGUGUACAUAAUGUAAAUAGCUACAAUAAGGGUCUGACUCUAUUUUCCUGUGUUAAUCAUAAAUUGUACAGUCUUUAAACACAAGAACACCUCUGUUCCUGAAAUGUUCACUACAAUAUCAUGGAGGUGUUUGUGAAAGCAGUAACUUCAGAAUGCUGGAGAUUUGAAGUUGGCAUGCAGCUAGUUAAAUGAAUUAUGCACAAAUAUUUAUGGGGGAAAACUAGGAUUGUCAUGUGACCAAUUUUGCUUGUUAUUUCACUACCUUUUUUUUGUGAAAUGUGGCUGUUGUUAAUUGUUCCUAAAUGGUUCAGCGUCCUGACCAGACAGAACCUGGGAGCCAUUGGGAGUGUGUGACUGAACAUGAAUGUGUCAAUGUACCUGUUUGUACAUCGCAGUCCUGGCAGAGAUUGGAGUGUGAUACAUCUCCAAGUAAAUGGACAUUGGCUUCCUUGGAACAGGAGAGUUUACAUGCUAGAAUAUGAAAGUGAAGGCAUUGCUUCCACUGAAAAGGAACUUGAGUGAUGGGAUUAGCAAUGAUUUUUCAAGCAUAUCUGAAUUGAACUCCAGCUGUAUAACCUUGCAUCUAUUGCCUGCUCUCACUGUUGGUUUACAAACCUGAUGGUAAUGAAAUGUAUAAGCUUGAUGUUCAUGUCCCCAUUACCACUUUGGCAUGAGAUGCAAGGUUUGCCAACUGGAAGUCAUCACCAAAUACUUACUGCCAGUGAUGGGUUAUGUGAGUGCUUAUUGUGAAUGUGUGCAGUCUGCCAAUUGACAGUGCAAUUACUGCAGAGCAUCAGAGGACUCUGACAAUUACCAAAGGACCUAGUUUGCACCCUCUUUGUUCAAUGUGUGCUGAAGUCGUCUUUCAUUAACUCUGAUUGUUCCAUUAGCUGAUGAGGGCAUGGUGUAACCACAGUGCCUAGUGCUUUUAUCUUGCACAGCAGGAGUUUAGCAGUAUUGAAGUGGUUAGAUGGGGGGUGGGUGGUUGGGGGGGGGGGCUUGAAAAUGCACUUGAGCAGAAGCCUAUUGGAAUUCUUUCUGUUGGCAGAUCACCAACAUGAUCAUGUUUUAUCCCCUCAGUGGUGAGCAUUGUUGCACACAUUUUAUUUAUCUGGGUGUUUUAGUUUUGAGUUGGGGGUGUGAGGAGGAGGAGUUUGGACUGGGGGGGAGAAGGGGAGGUUUGAAACAAUUUUAAGCAAUGUUACUUCGUUGGAGUGCAGCUUUAGUGGAUGCUGGGUUUGCCAUUCACCAAAGCACUUCUAUAGUAAAGUUCUCAUUUCAAUUGAAUGGUGUCAUUAUUUUCUGACUUUGUGGAUAUGGAUGGAUGAACAUGCAAGUUGGUAUGAUUUUGUAGUUAUUUGAUAGUGUUAAUUUUCAUGUAUUUUGUAGUACUGAUUCUGUUCUAACAGGCAAGUUUACUUAAGGUUGUUCAGAACACAAGGAAACAUUUUUCUCUAACUGCUUGGCAUGUUGCAUCUACUGUGUAUGUAUGUGAUUGCCUUCUGAGAAAGUUAGCUUGGUAGCAUCAGUAAACACAAGGUACACCUUUUACUGAAUAUGCAGAAUUUUGCAGUUGCUGGACCAAUAAUAAAAUAA